AUGGAGUCACGCUUAGCCACUACUGCCCGGCAAGGGCUCCUGCUGGCCUUCUCACUGUUAACCUUCAGGAGCCCGCCCAGCACUGCCCAACUCACUGUUGCAUCGAUCAAUUCUACCGAAGGGAAGGAUGUGCUUCUCCUUGUCCUCAAUCUGCCUGAGAAUCUUGUAGGCUAUGCCUGGUACAGAGGGGAAAGUAUGGACAACAACAGUGGAAUUGCAUCAUAUGUGAUACACACUCAAGAAUUUACCCCCGGACCUGCACACAGCGGUCGAGAGACAAUAUACCCCAAUGGAUCUCUGCUGUUCCAGAACAUCACCUUGAAGGACACAGGAUACUACACCAUACAAGCCAUUAAAAAAACUUUUCAGAAUGAAGAAGCAAAGGGACACCUCUGUGUAUACGCGGAGUUACCCAGACCCAGCAUCACAAACAACAACUCCAACCCCGAGGAGCACAAGGCCUCUGUCCUGUUAAUGUGUGAACCUCACACUCAGGACACCACCUACCUGUGGCUGAUCAACAGUCAGAGCCUCCAGGACAGCACCAGGCUGGAGCUGUCCAAGGACAACAGGACUCUCACUUUGCUCCAUGUCACAAGGACUGACACAGGACCCUAUGAGUGUGAAACCCGGAACCCAGUGAGUGCCGGCCGCAGUGAUCCCUUCACUCUGAAUGUUUUCUAUGGCCCAGAUGUUCCCUCCACUUCCCCCUCAGACCCCCAUUACCCACCGGGGGCAAACCUCAGACUCUCCUGCCACACAGCCUCUAACCCACCUGCACAGUAUUCUUGGUUUAUCAAUGGGAGACCCCAGCAACCUACACAGGAGCUCUUUAUCCCCAGCAUCACUGCAAGUGACAGUGGAUCCUAUACCCGCCUUGCCCAUAACUCUGUCACUGGCCUCAAUAGGACCACAGUCAAGAAUACCACAGUGUCUGAUGUUUCAACAUCACCAAGUCCUGGCAUCUCAGGUGGGGCCAUUGCCGGCAUCAUGAUUGGGGUCCUGGCGGCGGUAGCUCUGACAGCAGCCCUGGUGUACUUUCUGUAUAUCAGGAAGACUGGAGGGGCAAACAAACAGAGCAAUCUCACAGAACACAAACCCUCAGCCUCCAACCACAACCCAGUUCACUCUGACAACUCACCUUACAAGAUCCAUGAAUUUGAAAAAUCUUCCCUUGACUUCAACGCCCAAGAAUUAAAGAAACCACCUUCAGCCUCCCCAUUCCCAAGAGCCACAGAAACGGUUUCUUCAAAAGUGAAAAAAGAAAGUCCAGAUUUAGCAAGAAUCCUGCUAGGUCAGUUUAGCCAGAAUCCCCUGGCUAAACUUGUAUCUGAUCAGCCUCCAUAUCUGACGAAAUUCCUCCCCACUCACCAUUCCAGCUGCAUCUGGAAGAUCACUGGAUCGAGGACACCGGAGUACCAGAUGCGGCAGCAGCAGCUGAGCCUCUGCAGCUGCACAGCGAGGCACCCUGCUCUCCAGCCUGGGACGGAGGUGGUGCUGCAAACCCCAAACUCUAGCCUGCUGCACGUUUUAAGGUUCCUUCCUGAGGAAAAAUUUCUGGGUCAGUCAGGCCCAGUGGCUUUCCAGGACAUGAGCCCGGUUGUAGCCCCAGGACCCCUCUCAGAGGAGCCUGUACAGAGAGACAUGAUGCUGAAGAACUACAGGUACUUGCUGGCAGAAGACAAGGUUCCAGGGUCAGAGACAAAGGACCUUAUUUCCUUUGGCUCUACAAGAAAGGAAGAUACCACCUCAGCCCUCAACAUUGCUCACUGCAAACACAAGGCUGAGAAGUGCGAGCUGUCACCUACGGAACAGUGCUGCCACCAGCAGGGCAUCCAGGAAGCAGCACUAUGGGCUGCAGCCCAGAAAGCUGCUGCCACCUACUGGCAGGUGACUGGUACUCAGGACCUGCAGCCUGAGAGCCUGGUCUCACCGCUGCCCAGGAAGGCAGGGCUGGGCCUCCACACUGGUGGGGUCAGGGGCAGCAGUGACCACUCUGCAGACCUGGGGGUCCUGGCAACUGGGCAGUCAGAGCUGCCCAAGG